UCUAAGCAAGUUGAAACGCAUUCGGCAUUGUAGGUGGUGUGAACGGAUUGGGCUUGGGGCAGAUUUGGAGCCUUUGCGCCGUAUGCGGCAAUAGUUCACUGCUACAUUAGGUAUUCCUCUGUCAAAGUUCUAUUCAAAAUGGCCACAUCUAGCAUUGAGCAGCUGAGAAAUUAUUUUGAAAUUCAUUCUAAACAGAAAGAGUACGUUGGACACUUCAGUAAAGUCCAUACUCUAGGCUGGAACGCCGAUGGAAGACGUCUGGCAUCGGGAUCGUAUGACAAGUGUGUCACGAUUUUCUUGUUCGACAGUCAACGUGAUACUUUGAGGAAGGAUUACACAUACAAAGGCCACAAUGGCAGUGUUGAUCAGCUAUGCUGGCACCCAACACAUUCAGAACAGCUCACCUCUGCCAGCGGUGACAAGACUGUACGCAUUUGGGAUGCUCGUGUACACAAGUGCUCUGCAACAAUAUCAACCAAAGGAGAGAAUAUCAACAUCACUUGGUCUCCUGAUGGUAACACAAUUGCUGUGGGCAACAAGGAGGACCUGGUUUCCUUCAUUGACGUACGUGCACAGAAGAUUGUCAAUGAUCACCAGUUCAAGUUUGAAGUCAAUGAACUUACCUGGAAUAAUACAAAUGAUCUUUUCUAUCUCACAAAUGCGCAAGGUGGACAAGGAUACGUUCACAUUUACAAUUAUCCAGAGAUGGAAUUAGCUCACGCAAUACACGCUCAUCCAGGGAACUGCAUCUGCAUUAAAUUUGAGCCUCACGGCCGAUACUUUGCCACGGGAUCUGUGGACGCGCUCGUCUCCGUAUGGGAUGCUAAGGAGCUCUACUGUAUGCGCACUCUGCCCAGGCUUGAGUGGCCGGUACGGACGCUAAGUUUCUCGCACGAUGGAGAGCUGCUGGCCUCUGGCAGCGAGGACCAAGUCAUUGACAUCGCCCACGUCGCGUCUGGGGAAAGAAUAGCCCACAUCCCUGUCUCUUUCCCCACCUUCACGCUUGCAUGGCACCCACGUCACUUCCUGCUGGCGUACGCCUGCGAUGACAAGGACGACCGAGAUCGUGACCGUGAUGCUGGCACCGUCAAGCUCUGGGGACUCGAGAGGGUUUAACUAUAAAAUAAGUAAUUAAGUCGAAAAUAAGUAACUUCAAGUAAAAGGAAGUCUGCCCUUGCGUGGGUAUGCUCAUAGUGGUCCUGCCAUCAGUGAUCAUUUCAAUUUGACUGAUUGGUUAAUUUCUUUCGAUAUAGAAUUUCGGAUACCGGAACAAAUUUAUCCAAAUUUUAGUAUGGAGGACACGUGAGGGUUGAGUGCAUAGGGUGGAUGCCUAUUAAUCAUAUUCAUGAAUCAACUAAAUAUUGAAUGCAAUUUUUGGAUUAUUAAAUAAUGACUCCGGGAAUAGUUUUUCUUCAAUUUACCUGAAUAUAAAGACUUGCAUGUUGAUUUCUGAGCUUACUCAUUUCAGGACAUUUUUUCAAGCUGUUUCAAGAUUUUCUGUAAGGUUUUUGCCGAGAAAAUAAUAAUAAACUUAAGCUUUUUU